AGUAACGUCAACAAAGUGAUUGCAUUAAUUUUAGGGCGAUUCUCAAAAUUUUUGUAAAUAUUGUGAAAAUUGCUGGAAUAAAAGAAAAAUGUGAUGCAUAUUUGUAAAAAAUGUUGCUGAAACUGCUUAUUUUGGUUGUGUUAGUAUUCUUACUAGCAUAUUGGAUACUACCACAAGGGAUCAGUUGGUAUCUCGUUAAAAAGUUUAAGGUAAAAGUGCGCAUAGGAGGCAUUAGCUUACGUUAUCUAGCGCUGCGAAAUGUACACGUUAGCAAGAGUGGAUUUAUUGUGCAAAUCGAAGAAGUUUGUCUUCGUAGUAGCUUCUUUAACACAGAAGUAACGAAGUUGCUAUCGAUCUAUAUACGUGACAUACGCAUAAACAAAGAUAUACAGAGCAACGAUGUUGGCCCUGAAGCAUUACGAGAGGCGGAGCGAACGCAUUACAAAAGUCAAAAGGAAGAGGAAAAGGAUGUGCCUGAUUUCCGUAGAGCUAAAGUUCCACCCAGUAUACUUACGUUCGCACAGUUCAUGGCAAUGCACAUAAAUAACAUAUCUGUAGUUCUUAUGAACAAUAAUUUCGAUCCGGGCUGGUUCAUUCAUGCAACAGCGAGAGAAUUACAUCUCGACGGUAGCAUUGUGCACAAUGCCAAAACUUUGCUAGUUAAUGCGACAUUAAAUGAUGCACAGGCGAAAAUGUUGAGGCACUGCCCAUCUCGUCGCCAAAGUUUAGAAAACUUAAAUAAGAUACGUCCCUGCUUGGGCGAGAUUAGCUUCGAUAUUGCUUUGGAUGCUACAUUAUUUGCACACGGGCCAUUGUCUGUAGAUAAACUCUCUUUGGCUAUGAACAAUGCACGUUCUACAAUACAUGGUAGUUUGUAUGACUUCCUAAGUGAAGCGAAGCAACGUACAAAACCACAACAAAAUUUAGAGAGUAAAGUUAUAAGUACGGCUAAUUCACUCUCGCAACGUCGAAAGAGUUUUAGUAAUGAGUCUUAUCAGAAGAUUUCUCCUAUCAUACCGAAGAAUUUUAAUUUUGUAAUAAAAGCGGCCACUUUUUCUGCAGUCAAGGAGAACUCGCAAAAUGACUUUAGUGCAAAAAUACAGCUGUUUAGUAUAACCGGCAAAUUUAACUCAAAAUCUCUGAAUGAAAAUGCGCUACUACCGACAUUAUUUACCAAAGUUUUACUGCAACACCUGGACAUUGACACCAAAUAUGAAAAACUUUUAUUUCUUGAACAAUUUACUAUUGAUUCUGUGCUGGAAAACGACAUUCUCAAUCUAUAUGUUAAGCUUAAAACAUUCCAAAUAAUAUAUAAUCAUUGCGAAAUAUAUGAUUGGGUGCAUAAUAACUUUUUGUCACGUCAACGUACAAGUCAACAACCCAUGGAAUUAAAUUCGAAACAGCGUUCAAUGGCAGAGCAUUUGGGUGUAGAAGGUUUUGUGAAUGAAAAUACACUAGAUCCGAUCUUUUUAACAACCAAGUAUUCGAAUAAUAGCGUUUUCGAGGGUAUACUAAAACGCAUUGUUGUCAAAGGUUGUGCUGAGUUUUGGAACGUUUCUGUUUUAAUGAAACUGGAUGAUGAAAAUGCAGCUAUGAGCGUCAGUCAUACACGAUUCUUAUUGGAACAAAUCGAUGAGAAACGCAGCUCUUUGUAUGGAAAUCGACUAUUGAAUUUACUCCUAAAUCAACGUCAUUGGAGUACGGAAUUGAUGAUAGAAUCGUUGUGGUGGUCCUUGGGAAACUCUAUAAAUGAUACCAAUAAUCUGAAAAAAUCACAUUCACCAGGCUCGCCAUUUUUCUUGGGGCUUAGUUUGGUUAAAUUGAGUUCAUAUGCUAGUGUCACAAAACUGGAGGUAUCUAUUCAUACCUUGCGCACGGAAUAUAGCAUGAGCCUUGCCGAAUUUAUUGUAAAGUCUGUCAAUUGCAUAAAACAAUAUGGCGGUUUGAGUUCCACUGGCAGUGGUGUUGAGAAGCGUCCAUUGCGCGUUCAUUCGAGUGGUACUAAUUCGAUAUCCAGUGGCUUGUUGAUUUCUGCACGCAUCAAAGACAUCACCGCCUACUUUAUCAAUCAUCAUCAGGCAUGUUUGCUUUUAAGCUUUUCAGAUAUAUCAUUAUCGCGUAAACAGCAAGUGUCUAGUUUUAAAUUUGAAGACUUUCAAAUGGCCAUUAUGCGUUCAAUGAAUUCUUCAUCCCUUUGUCUCAAUGAUUUCACGGACAUUUUCGCCAGUUGUAAGACCAUACGCAUUGAACAUGAAAAACUUGAGAACAAAGUGUCGGUAUACAUUCCUAGUAAUACAGAGGCUAUGUGGAAUGCCAAUUUGCAUAUGCAUAUAUUGACAUUGGCGCGUGACAUGAACGAUUUGUGUGCGGAAGUCGCUCUUCCACAGCGGGAUGUUGUAGCUGAAGUGCCACAAAUAAAGCGAAAAUGGAUCAUUGAAUUAUCUGCUGAGCUAAGUACGGUAUUCGAAAUUAAACUCUCUGAACGUCAUACAAUGCAAUGGUUUGUGGAAAACUUAUUCUUCAGUCACAAAGAAGGAAACUUUAUCUCAGCGGAAAAUCUGUUCAUCAAAAUUGAUGAUCAGCAUAUAUUUACAUUAAAGGAUAUAGACGUACAAUCGCUGCCACGUUUAGAUAUGCUGACGCAAGAGCGGAUGAAUUGUGAGGGAUUCAUGAUGCCUACGAACAAAGUGUGGGUGACUACAAUUGGCGCAUUUAAAGCUAUAUUCCCUUACGACCAUGACUUUUAUGACGCAGUACAAAAUGAAUUCGUAUCACAUUUUAAAUGGGCGAAAUUGGUCCACAACUACAAAAAGAAACCGUUUACAGCUGAUUCACCAUUACCCAGUGAUAUGGUAAUACAGAUUAAAGAAUUCUUAUUGGAGAUCAGCGAUGAUCCAUUCGAAGUGAAGUUACGUGACAAUUACGUUCUACUUGUGGACGAAUAUCUGGAGGGCCUAAAACGUAAGGCUAUCUUUGAUAAGAAAAUUGCUGAACGUUGUCUGGUACCAGCCAGCACUAUAGAAAGUCUCUAUGCGAGUCUUGUACAAAAGAAUUCAGAAAUAUAUAUACAACGCUCGAAAAAAAUACGUGAAAGUGGACCUGUGCGUACUCGUUUGCUGGCAUGGAUUAUGACAGAUGUAGAAAUAAUGGCCAUGGCAGAUCCAUCAAUACAUGGCACUGAGAAUGUGACGCGUAUAAUGCGUGAUAUUGACUGUGAGAGCCCUUGGCCGGAAGAAGGUCUUGAAUUCACUACGCUUUGGUGUCGUAGUGUAAAUAUCAGUUGUACCGAGUGGAAAUUUAUGUUGAGAGAUUUUCCACAACCCAUGUUCUAUGUGAAAUCCAUGCGCUUAUUUGGUAAUUUAUGUGGCGCGGAGCAAGCAGCCUCCAAGCGCGCUAAACGUGAUGUCCUCAUAGAAGUUGGGGAGCCCUUUGGCACCGAUGUGGUUCAGCGCAGCAUGCCAUCAUUGAAAUUUUACCAUGAUUUCGAUUGUGAAUUGGAGUUUUGCAGCUAUGCUUUCGGCCCCUGUUGGGAGCCGGUUAUGGCACAAUGUAAUCUGAGUUUUGAAAAGAUUUCAGCGCCUUCGAAAGAUCCAAGUCCGCCCUUGCCAUUUUGGGAUAAAAUGCGUUUACUUUUCCAUGGCCGUUUAACAAUGAUUGUUAAGCAAUUUACAGUCUUACUACAUGCCUCAUUGGAUCCCUACAAUACUACAGAGGAAAUGGAGUUGACAUGGAACAAUGCUGGCAUUGUUUGGACUAAUGCGAAAAUCAUGUUUAAAGGCGAAUUAAAUAUCACAGUACGUACAGCCUCACGUUACGAUGAUUGUCGCCUCUUACAUUUUCCUAACCUAAAAUUAACGUUAAAGUUAAAUUGGGUUUGUCUGGCUAAUCCAAAUGACCAUCACGCCGUUAUGCCUUGCGCUCCCGACAAGUUGCCAGAAUAUUCGAGUAAUCAAGUGCACGACUCGUUCCGUGCUUUCCGUUCGCUGAACUUAAAUAUUUGGAUCUCAUUUGAAACGAAACCGAAGCAUGGAGAGGAAGUUGAAAUUGAUAUACCCAGUCUGGUGUUAUACGGCAGCACUUUGCGUUGGUUCGAAAGCCUUAAGUUGAUACUAUCAGGCGUUACGCGUCCAACACGCCGCGGUCCGGUAUUUAAUAAUGUGCGUCCACGUAAAAAACAACUCAGCCGUCAUUAUAAAAAAGCUAACCUCCAAAUGAGCUUACAUCGUUUCCAAGUGCUCUAUUGGUUGUCGCAUGCGCUGCAUAAGGGUUUCCAAUUAAACGGCGGUCGGGUGUCCUUUAGCUCCGAGUACUGCCUCUCGUUAAGUCCCAUUGAUGAUGGCUUGAUUCAUAGGCCACGCGCCGACUGGUCCACCGUCUAUAUGAAUUGUGAAUUAAAUGACGCCGAAAUUUGGUUAAAAAGUAUACUCACUGAGAAGCUGGACAGCAGCGCCGAAAACUUGGCGAGUGUUGGCGAUGCAUUUAAAAUAGUAAGAUUUUACUUUUUAAGUGUGGCUAAAGUUUCUUAUGGCCGUGAAGCGCUCAUUCAAACUGGCAGCAACCAAGAGGAGGAGUCAAAGACGAAAAAUACAACGCCUACACACAAGUUGGUUGUUUAUGACCUUAAGGGCGCGUGGACGAAAAACAAUCGGGAUGUGGCGUUUGCGCUCUUCGAUUCCUUUAUGAAGUCACAAAAGCUUAAGAACAAUUUGUCGACAGAAGCUGUGAAAAGUUAUCGCAAAGAAAUCAACUCGAAUGUUAUGAAAAACAAACGCAGUGACAGCACCAUUACACUUACCAACAACCCGACAGAAGUGAUACCAAUUACGAACACCAAUAGCGCCAUUAAAAAAGUGCAACCCGCAAGUCAUGCUACAGCAAUGCUGCAACAGCUUAUAGCCGAAGCCGAUCACAAAUUCAAUGUUUAUAGUGAUGACCAGAGCACACAAUCGCGUGAGCUGCAGCUGCAAGGUUUACAGGCCUGCUCGGCCCAGGAUGUGAUACAUGAGAAUUGGUCCAUUUCGUUGGUGAAUUCACAGGUGUUGCUUAAAGGUUGUGAGACUUCGGGUUACGUUAUUAUUAGUGCUGCGAAAGCUGAGAUUUUGCAACGUGUACACCGUCCAGUAUGGCGCGAUCGUUCGCUGGUGUCGAAGACGACUUGGAAGGGUUUGCUCGAAUGCAUGCAGUAUUAUGCGACAGUGAGCGCUGGAGAGGAUGAUUCGCUAAUUGAAAAAGAGAUUAUGUGGCUUACUGUAGAUAAUAUUCAGGACAAAGAUGAUACUGUUAUCAACGACUUGCCAGACAUUCCACAUCUUGUUGGUAGUGGUCGCAGUGUGGGCGGCGUAGUUUCGGAGACAGUCGGUGCCUUAUCCAAUGAGAAUCCGGGCGAAACUCAGCCUGUACAACUGCAACGCAUUGUGUCACGCUGUAAAUGUGAAUUCUUUUAUGUCAGCUAUGGGGAUACAAUCGAUCCCAACUCUAUAACCGAAGUACCACCACCGCCUUCAGAGGAAACACUUUCGCCCUGGGAAAAACAGGAUGAUCCCGUCGAUGCUUUCACACUGAUGCAUCAUGAUUUGGAUGUCUGCACGAAUUCAUUGCAAUAUGCUAUGAUUUUAGAUAUUGUCAACAAUUUAUUACUCUACGUCGAACCACAACGAAAACAGGCUUUAGAGAAAUUGGCACGCAUGCGUUUUCAGCUGCAACUGCACUCCACGGAAGACCAGAAGCGUCCAAUACAACAGAAACAAACUAUGAUACGUAGUUUGUUGAUGAAAAUUCGUUCGCUGGAGAAAGAUAUACAUCUGAUAGGCAAAGAUCGGGCCGAGGAGGGCGACACGCUGGAGCUGAGGCAUGAGUUCGAACGUGUACAAUUACAAAUACGCGAAAGUAAAGAGGAAUUGAAUACGUUGAGUGAAGAGCUCGAUAUGAUGCUGUUGUGCUAUAAAGAAACACAGCUCUCACAGCUUAGCAAAAUUUCAAACGUUCGCUCCGACAAAUCGCUAACAAUUGUCCGUGCAAAUGAAAUUUGUUUCAAACGUGCACAGUGGCGACUCACCGAAACUGAUGGCCAAAUCGGUAUAUCCGAUUUGGUGCUCAGCGGCUUUUUGUAUACCAAGAAAUCGAAGAGCGACGACUCGGUGGAGCAUUUGCUGGAAUUGGGCAAUAUUCGCAUGAGUAACUUGAUACCACGUGAGAUUUAUCGUGAAGUACUAAUGCCUACGGAGAUCCAAAAGGAUAUGCCAAUCGAUACACAUAAACGGGUGUUACGUGUCUUUUGUCGCGAGAAACCUCCGGUGGGCGGCAUUUCAGUUAAGGAACAUUUCGAAAUUAAUGUAGCACCCAUCACAAUUGCAAUAACUAAGAAAUUCUACAGUACUAUGCUGAAAUUCUGCUUCCCAGAUCGUGAUGCUUCCGAGACGGAGGCCGUAGAUGAUCUUGAAGAGAACUCUUCCAGCUCCUCUUCAUCAUCGGCAGUGCAAACGAAAACCACUAAGAAACCAUCGAAAACGAAAAAGAGCUCUAAAGAUUCAGAGUUCUAUGUGAAAAUUGAAAAAGAUGAUGUGGAGAAGAUGAAAGAGCGUGCGGAGAAGAACAAAUUGUUUAUAUAUAUAAAAAUACCGGAAGUGCCUGUACGUGUGAGUUAUAAGGGCAACAAGGAGAAAAAUCUGGAAGACAUCACCGAUUUUUCGCUAGUCAUACCAACACUAGAGUAUCAUAAUGUCACUUGGACGUGGCUAGACUUAUUACUGGCUAUGAAAUCCGUGAGUCGACGUGUGAUAUUAUCGCAAGCAAUCAAGCAGAAACUGCAAAUACAUCGACGGCAACCAGGCACAUCGACAGGAGAACGCUCAUCGCCGCAAGAGGAAGACAAAGCAAAAAUGCUAUUCGGAAAUCGCUUAUUGAGCGAAAAUCGCAGCCAAAGAAGAGGCGUUUUCAAAUUCACCUCGGGUAACAAGUGAUAAGAUAUGUCUACUAUGAGAUUUUAGCGCUGACAUUUUACUCAGUCAUUUUACAUACACCACUCUCCAUGUUACGAUCCACCAAUUAAGUAUCCAGUGCAGUAAAAUACAAUACUUCUAUUUAUUGUAGUUAUAAUAAUAAUGUGAAUUCAGAUUUUCUUUAACACAGAUAAAAGUUAAAAUUAAGUAUUAUACACAUACAACAUUAUAAUGCUAGUACGAACGAUUGUACCAUAUCA